GCCGCCACAAGACCCAGUGGUCGGUCUCGGAGGAUAAAAUUAGAACACUUUUGCGUGUUGAAUGUGCAUCACGUGCCACUGCUCUUCUCUUCUGUUUCUCCAAGAAUUAAAAAAAUCAAUUAACAUUAAAUUCCAUUUCUAACAUCAAAUCCGGCAUCAUCAUCAGCUUCACCACCAAAAAUCUACCGUUGGAAUCAAUAACAUGGAAUGAAUACUCUUUCAACGAGAAUCCUUUUGUAAAUUUUUCAAUGGCUGAUUCAGAGGUGAACAAAAUGAAAGGAGAAAUUUACAAGAAGGAAAGUAAUGGACGCUCCAAGGCAUUUGAUGGGGAGUUUCCUAAAUUUUUUGUGCACCUCUCCAACAAUCUUCAAAAUCAUCUUAAGUCACAGCUGAAGCGAUUAGCAAAAGGCGAUGGAUCAAAGUCGGGCAGAUUUGAUAAUAAAGUGGUUAAAGGUACAUCUACUACAUUGGGUGUUGAUCUGGAGAAGCAAUUGCAAGCAUGGGGAGAAAAUCCUUCAUGGGUUGAUCAAACUCCAGAAAUAAAGGUAACUGUACCAAAAGGUUCUCUUUGCAACCUCAAUGUAAAUGUCAAUAUUGGGUUGCCCCCAGAUGCAGUGUACAAUAUUGUGACCGACCCUGAUAAUAAGAGGGUUUUCAAGAAUAUUAAGGAAGUCAUAUCCAGAAAGGUUUUGGUUGACGAAGGUCUUAGGCAGGUGGUUGAGCUGGAGCAAGCAGCUAUAUGGAAAUUUCUUUGGUGGUCAGGGACCAUUUCAGUUCAUGUUUUAGUGGAUCAAAACAGAGAAGAUUACUCGAUGAAAUUCAAGCAAGUGAAAACAGGAUUUAUGAAAAAAUUUGAAGGCUGCUGGAAAGUGGAACCUCUAUUUGUUGAUGAGCAAUCGUGCUUCCCCUUCAAACCUAAGACUUGGAAAGAAUAUUACUCGUGUACUGGAGGCAAAGGAAGAAUUGGAUCAAAGGUGAGCUUGGACCAGCUGCUCCAGCCUUCCAUUAUUCCACCCCCACCCAUUUCCUGGUAUCUUAGAGGUAUUACCUCUAGAACUACAGAGAUGCUAAUAAAUGAUCUGGUUGCUGAAGCUGUCAGAAUUAGAGGCGAGUGUAGUCCUGAAAAUUUGGAUAAAGAAUUUCAAGUACCUCUGGGAUUACAUACUCAAGUUGAAAAUAUACAUGAUAUUAAAGAAAGAUGGGCCCUGCGUAGGAGACAUGCAAAGCAAUGUCAUCGAAGGCGAAUAUCAGCUGAAUGAUUAGUGGUUUAGUAGCUUGAGCAUCUCUAUUUCACGGAUGUAAAUUAACCUUAGAAAAGUAAAGUCUCAGCAGUACUUGCUGUAUCCUUCUUUACUCUGCGUCUCUUCUGUCUUGAUUGAUUUUGAAAGAUGGAAUUACACAAAUUUUCUCUUUAGGUCAAGAUCAAUACCAAAAGAACAUUAACUCUGCUUGUUUGC